AUGAUGCGCAGACUCGCCCCGGGCCUCUGCGAUCGAAAAGCCUCGUCAAUACAAAGACUGCCUCGGAGGAGUCGACUCUUCACCUCAUCUGCAACUGUCGCUGCCGCAGAAGACUCGCAGCCGGAUUCUUUCGAGCGACUUGUGGCAGCCGCAAGGGCCGAAGCUCCGGCACGUAGCAAGCGAAAGAAAGGAAUGAGUCUCAAGGAAUCCCUGGCACAGACCGAGCUGCAAGAUGCUGCACGAGAGCAGGAAGAGGCAGGGAACAACCGAGAGACGGCGCCCGAGGAUGAUAUAUUCUCACUCGAUCCGGAGGCUGCCCGUUGGCUCAUCACGGAUGCGGACGCGCUGAAUACGAGUCGAACGCACAGCGGCCCCUCAUAUGCCGGCGCGGGAUCUCGUCCCGACUUGAUGAGGGAGCUGAUGGCGACCCGGGACACCGAGUACUUUGGGUCAAUAUGGCAAUUGUUCGCCCAGCUCGAGCCCCAGUUGAUGCCAGAGCUCCGUCCCGAAGUCAUUGUGUAUCUUUAUCGAUCCGCGCAGCUUCUAGAUUCUCGCAGGAUCAUUCUCCUCUCUGCUGAACUCAAAAAAGACCAGUGGACGCCCGCAGUUCUGACGUCAGUGGUGAACGCCCACUUGCGCUUCGGCAACGAACGUGAGGCGGUCAACCUCUUUCUCGAUGGCUUGCACAAGAAGAUUCUGGGCGGACUUGACAACUUGCUCGAGUAUUCUUUCGGCAGAGGCAAAUGGGACAUGAUCAAGACGGUCUGGACCGCAUACCACGGGGCUUUCGAGGCUCACGGCAUCAAGUGCGGAGAGUUGAAUCGCUUGGCCAAGAUUGCAAACCUUGGGGACUCUGUGCUUCGGUUUGCAGAAGAAGUCAGGUCAGAAGAAAACGAUAAUCAGAGGCGACUCGACAUUGUUCUCAAGAAGGCGGCGCGACGAGCACUCCAGCAACCAUGCAAGCCAGAAGACGCCGUUCCGCUACUGAAGAUUGUCGACCAAGUGAAGUGGUACAACAUUUAUCUUGACGAGGCCAUCCAGCGAGGGCAGCGCGAAGGCCUCCCGGAGGUUUACCGCACCUACCGGUCCUUUCCCGGCACAAAGCCGUACUGGCGAAUUUUGCACGGCAUGUUCGAAAUCUUCUAUCCUCAUGAUAUCGAAGGCCUUGAACAGGUGUACGAAGACUACCAAGUCAGCUAUCAGGGGCUGGACCAGUGGGGUUUUCGGAAGUUCCUCAAGUUUUAUGCCUCCCGCGGCGACGUGAAAUCUCUCGAGCGCUUCUGGGACAACUAUGUUCAGACGUACAAGCACCGCAAGAUCCUCCAGGAGCCCGAGACUUUCAAUCACAUCCUGAACGCGUAUGCCAGCACCGGAGAUGCCGAGGGUACUCGCCGAGCCUUCGAUAGGAUGAGGGACAAGUAUGGGGUAACACCGAACCUCGUCAGCUGGAACAUUCUUCUCAAAAGUCAAGCUCACUCGAAUGCCUAUGACAACACCCUGUCGGUGUUUAACGAUCUUUGCGAUGCAGUCACCCCGGAUGAGUUCACUUUUGCCACCGUCAUGUCCUUGACGGCAUCUCAUGGGGAUUCGGCCAGGACAGCGGAGCUGUUCAAGAGGGCGGCACUGAUGAGGGUUCCUCUGAGCAUCAGCUUAUGGGCAGCUGUUGUUCGCGGUUUUUGCAUGAACUUGCGAUAUGGAGAUGCCCUUGAAACUUGUAUAAGGGCAAGCAGGCAGAAGCUUCCGGGCGAAAAGGCUGAUCUCUGGAACGUGUUACUGCACGCUCACUCGGAGCGUCGGGCCUUCAGCGAAGUGUGCCGCAUUGUGGGCAUUAUGGCCAAGGUCCAGGUCGAAUGGACGUCAAACACACACAAUGUGCUCCUACGGGCCCUUGUGCGAUGUAGGCAGACCCAUAGUGCGUACAGAAUCCUCCGGAGGGCUAUCCGAGACACGAAUUUCAAACUCACCUCCGAGCACUUUGCAACCGUCAUGGACGGAGGUCUGCGUACUCACGAAUUGGGCAUCGUCAGCGCCACGGAGAAGAUGAGGAAGCGUGUCGGCGCAGCGCAGACAGCCGACUCAAUCAUCCUGCAUGUCGAUUCGUUGAUUAGGCGACAGACUUACAGGCGCCGAGCGGUGCGGCCGCAGCAAGACUUUAGAGAGCUAUUGGCCUCGUACAUACAAGAGAUGCUCGACAACAUCAGCACAGGGGAGGUAGAAGACAGCGAUGGGCAGGGACGGAACUCAAUUCGGAGGGCAGACUCGCUCCAUCGGCUCCGUCGGUUUCUGCCUAGAGCCAUCUCCAUUUUCUCGAAGGGCGGCGACUUUGAGUUGGUCAAGGAGAUGCAGCGGCUACGAACAGAGCUUGGACUCGAGCCGCCUGGGACCGACCCUAGCGACGUUUCCUUCCAGAUGCUCUGCACGUCAUUGAAGGAAAACGUCCAGGAGAGGAAGUACGAUGCGGCCAGGGCAGACUGGAGACUCAUCUGGGAACAUGCCCGUAAAAAGGGCCACCCAGCUAAGUACAAAGGCGAAAAUGCUUUGCCCAAAUAUGCCUAUAUCCUGUGUUCUCCCGUUAAAGCGUUACGGGAGGUUUUUAUCGACCAGAACGACUCUAGAGGAUUCCAGGCAAUCAUCAAGAGCGUGUUACAGGCCGGAUUCAAGUUCGACCAGGUCACGAUGAACUUGGUCUGUCAGGCGAUGGCUGACGUGGGCGCUUGGCUUGAGGCCUGCGAGCUCUGCGAGGAACACCUCAUGCCCACCUUCCGCGGAUGGCAAGUGAGACGCGUCGAAGUCGAGGAGGGUCUCAUGCCCUCCGAGAGAGAGAGGCGCUCCGAAGCCCGCGCGAGACACAGAGCUCCGCUCGACGAGCGCCGGCGGGGCAGCGCGCCGCACUGGAUGCGUGCGACUUCCUUCACGAUCUCCAUGCUUGCUAGAGACUACAUCAAGACGAAAGCCAUGGCGCCUUGGUCAACCACGGCCUCGCACAAAAUCCGCACCGCCAAAGAGCGUUGUCCUCGCCUGAUGAACGCCUGGGACACCAUUGAAUAUUCCGGUGUCGGCAUCGAGGCGGUUGUUUUUGGAAAGAGAACCGUUGAUAGAUUAUCGGGGAAGAGGUACACCAGGGAUGGGUACGAAAUACGUGUAAGUGUGCAGGAGGCGAAGGGCGAUGCCAAGAAGACGGGCGCGGGGAACGAUGUCAACGAGAUCGAAUCCAGAGAAGCUGGUGUGGUAGGGAAUGAUGUGAAGGAGGCCGAGGAGAUCAACGCCAAGGAAGUUGACGUAAAGCAGAUGGGUGCUGCGGAACUCAACACCAAGGCAACCAACGUGGAGGACGCAGACGUGGAAGAAGACCACGCGAAGGAUACCGAUGCCAAAGAUGUCGACCCUGAGGAGGCCGAUGUAAAGGAGGCUGGUGUAAGGGGGAUAAAGGAGGACGAAGUCAACAAGUAA